AUGUCGAGCCGCAGCAUCUCGUUCUCGCGGCCGGCGACGUACAACCCCGAGCUCGUGCGCAAGGCGAAGUCCGAAGACGAAGAGGACGCGGUCCGGCGGCGCCAGAUGAAGGAAGAACUCGGCCUUGACGACGACGACGCGAUGCUCGAGCAGCCAAAGGCGUCUUCCAACAACGCCGAGUGGCAGCAAAAGUGCGAAGACGCGCUCGCCAAACUCCGCGUCGCUAUCGAAAACGAAGAGAAAGCGCAGAGCUCACUGAGCAAACUGCAGCUCCUGAGCAAAUCCCAGACCGCGAUCCUCAAGACGACGUUCGACAAGAAACUCAAGGCCAAAGAGUUGCUCGUGCAAGACCUGUUGUACGCUAUCUCGCAGCACGAGACCAAGCUACGCGCUGGUGGCAUCGCCUUUGACCCCGACGACGGUGGCGACGACCCGCUUGGAAAUCUCCGGGCCGAGAUUGACGCCCUUACGGAGCAGAACCUUCAGCUCAAAAGGCAGCUGCGCGCUGACCCCGCGGUGCCUGCAAAGAGUUCCAGUAGCGAUGCAAGCGGUCUCCAAAAGAAGGUUGCGACGCUCGAGUCGGAGAAGCAAAACCUCCUCGCGCUUCUAAAGGACGCCCAGACCAAGCUGAGCAAAGCCAAGGACGCGCCACUACCUCCUGCCGCUCCGGAUGCCAGUCUUGACGCCGCUGCCAAAGCGGCGCAAAAAAAGCUGGAAGGCGAGCUCCAAGCUUCGGCGAAAAAGAUUGCGUCCCUGGAGCAUGAGCUCACAGCAGCAAGAAAGCUGCCGCCGUUGUUGCUGCACCAGCGUCGGAUGUGCCGCCCGCCACGUCUGCAGCCGACCAAGUACAUUUCCACACCCUUGGUGAAGGAUGUUUUUCAUGGGCAAACGCAGGCUAAAAUCGCGCAGCUCGAAGCCGAUCUCGCAGCGGCCAAGGUGGCGGCGUCCGAGAUGGAGGCAACGUACGUUGCCAAGCACGAAAAACUCAAGCAAACGGCAGAAGCUGAACUCAACAAGCUCAAGGACCAAGCGAAAAAGUCGAUUUUGGACCUGCGGAAGAAGCUCGAAACAAACUCCAAGAGCAGUUCACAGCUCCAGACCAAGCUCGCUGCUGCCAAAACGCAGCUAGCCGCGCAACGCCAGGACCUCGCCACACUGCGAACGGGCGUCAGUGGCCUCGUGACGCAAUUUCCGGCGGCGGCCAAGGACAUCGCAUCAAAAAUCGAGGCGCGGGUCAAGGUGCAAGCUGACGCGCUCGCUGGUGUCGUCGACAACUACCGGCGUGAAAUGAAGGAGCGAAAGCGCCUCUUUAACCUCGUGCAGGAGCUCCAGGGCAAUAUCCGCGUGCUGUGUCGGUUCCGACCCAUCUCCAAGUCGGAGCUCGCGAACGGCAGCAAGGUCGUCGCCAAGUUCAACGGCCCCGAGGAAGUCUCGCUCGCGGGCGAUAAGGGCAAGUCGAAAACGUACGAAUUCGAGCAUGUCUUCGACAUGCAGUCGACGCAAGACCAGGUCUUUGCUCAAGUCAAGCCGCUCAUUACAUCCGUCCUCGACGGCUACAAUGUGUGCAUUUUUGCGUAUGGCCAGACUGGGUCUGGCAAGACGUUUACGAUGUCGGGGUCCGCGGAGAACCCGGGCAUCAACCCACGCGCGCUCACGGAGCUCUUUGCGCUCAAGCAGAGCCGGAAGCAAGAGUACAGUGACGAAAUCCAAGUGAGCAUCAUGGAGAUCUACAACGAAGUGAUUCGCGACCUUCUCGCCGAGAACGCUGCGACGACGAACCUCUCGGUGCGUCAAGGCCCGAACGGCAACUUUGUGCAGGGCUUGACCAUGCUGGCCGUGGCAAACGCCAAUGACGUCUUCAACCUCAUCACGCGCGGCAACCAGAACCGCGCGACGUCUGCGACGGAUAUGAACGAACACAGCUCUCGGUCGCACUCGAUCCUUUCCGUGUACAUCAAGAGCACCAACGUUCUCACCAACGCCGUUGCUACGGGCAAACUGCACUUGGUCGACUUGGCGGGCUCGGAGCGCCUCUCCAAGACUGGCGCCGAAGGACAGCGGCUCAAGGAGGCGCAAAACAUCAACCAGUCGCUGUCGACGCUCGGGAAUGUUAUCCAGGCGCGCGCCAACAAGCAAAAGCAUGUGCCGUACCGCGACUCGUCGCUCACGUACCUUCUCCAAGACUCGCUCGGCGGCGACUCCAAGACGCUCAUGGUUGCGUGCUCUUCGCCCGUCGACUACAACGCUGAAGAAUCCUUCUGCACGCUCAACUUUGCGGCCCGGACGCGGUCGGUCGAAAUGGGAAAAGCAUCCAAGAACGUCGCGUCGACCAAGAAGGAGUGA